AUGGCAAGCAGAUUAACUACACAACAAAAUAAGAGUAAUAAUAGUCGAUCAUUGGCUCCCUCUUUCAAUAAUUAUACACAAGGAGUGUUGAAUUCAAUAAAAUCAGUUAGUGAUCCAAACACUAAACCAGUCAAGAGUAAUCGUUAUAAGGACUAUAGUAAAUUAUCAGAGAGGUCUGGUAAUAAAAGUAAAGUUUUAAAUUUAAUAACAACUUCAGUUCUUGAAGAAUUAAAGAAAGAUGGUAGUAUAGCUGCAACAGAAGAAUUCAGAAAGCGAUAUAAGGAGAUAUAUGAAGAGAUACCUGGAGCAACCACACAUGCUGUUGCGUUGUCAUAUGUUAUUUCAUCACUUCAGAGUGGCCAAUAUACAGAUAGAGAUGGAUAUGAAAAAACAAGAUUGUUAUCAAGUUUAGUUCCUUUUUACACUUCUAAGGAAAUCAGAGAGUUUGGAAUCACAAUAGAUAAUAAUGCGUGGAAUCGUGCAAUUCAACACGUACACAAGUAUGGUGCAGGUAGACUGAUUAAUGCAGAAGAGAUCAGCAAUUGGAGAUCUAAAUUUACACACAAUGGACAAAUGACAAGAAGACAAAGAACCACGAUGCUAAGGACAGCCGUCGAAGGUUACUUCAAUAUGAAAGAUAUAACUGAAGAAUCAAGUAAAAACAUGAGGUUGUACAGCAAAGAACUCGACGCAGAUGGUAAACGAGCUUUCGAGUUGGUGCCAAUCAAGAACCUUGCUUUAGGAAACAUAAAUACCUGCUUUACAGAUUACCUCAAGAAGAGUGAAGUUGAUCAAGUCAAGUAUCCACUCAUGGGUAGAAGUGCAUUUUACAGUUUCGUACCAGAGUAUGUCAGAGAAAUGAAGAAUCGAACCGACAUGUGUCCAAUGUGUGUUCAGUAUCAGGCUCUCGAGUCAAAACGAAUUAAGUUUGGGCAACUUUCAGAUCAAGAUCAUAAACUGUUUGAAAUCUUGACUAUUCACAAGAUGUUUGUUCAGCAAAGAAAGAAUGAUUAUUUGACAUGUAAAAAUGAGUUAAAGGUAGGAGAGUGUAUUAUUCUCUGUGAUUUUAAAGAGAAUAUAUCAUUAGGUAAAUCCAAAGUGCAAGUAAGCCAUGAAUUUUACCAACAACCUGCUCGUACCUUCUUUGGAAUGGUCCUCUUCUAUAAGCAAGGUGACAAGCUGAAGAUUCACUACUAUGACUGUCUUUCACAAGUACUUAAUCACUGUUCGACAUUUGCAAUUUCAUGUCUCGACAAAUUAAUCAAUGAUCCAUUAUUCACCAGUCUAAAUAUCAACAAAAUUACAUUUUGGUGUGAUAAUGCUAGACACUUCAAGUCAAAUGAAAUACUUUCAUAUAUGCAUACAUUGUCAAAGUUGCAAGUAGCUGAUCCAAACACUCCAAACAAAACCAAAAGAAAGUAUCUCGUCGAAUUGAAUACUUUUGCACCCUAUCACGGAAAGAGUGAAUGCGAUCAACAUUUUUCAAUGGUUUCUAGAGCGAUAGCAGACAAGUCGAGUUUCAAAGAUUCAAUCUAUACAGAUCAAGAUGUUAUCAAUGCAAUCAAGAGUACCACUGACAACAACAACUAUCAAAGAACAUACAAAUUGACUUCUGAAUCAGAGAAGGAGGCUGUUACCAUCAAAGUAACAGUCGAAAUUCAUAACCCAAAGGAAUUGAAACAGAAAGAAAUAAAGAUCUUUCCUGGUUUUACAGAGUAUCAUCGUUUCCAGUUUUUA